AUUAAGGAUGUUGCCUGUUAAUCCGACAAAGAAGCUGUCUUUUACUCGGUCCAUUAAUGAUGGAGAUUUGGUCAUUGUCUAUGAGAAGUAUGAUACAAUGACUGUCAAGGUGUGUGUCGGUUCUGUGCUCGAAAACCGGUUCGGUUUGUUUAAGCAUUCGGACUGGAUAGGGAAGCAGUUUGGUUCCAAGGUUUUCAGCAGCAAGGGCGGAUUUGUUUACUUGUUGGCUCCGACACCCGAGCUUUGGACUUUGGUUUUAAGCCACAGGACUCAGAUUCUGUACAUUGCGGACAUUAGUUUUGUGAUCAUGUUCUUGGAGUUGGUUCCGGGAUGUUUGGUUCUCGAGUCGGGGACUGGGAGUGGAUCUUUGACUACUUCACUUGCAAGGGCUGUUGCUCCUAGAGGACAUGUCUAUACGUUUGAUUUCCAUGAACAACGUGCGGUCUCUGCUAGGGAGGAUUUUGAGAAGACGGGAUUAAGCAACGUGAUCACUGUAGGAGUUAGAGAUAUUCAGGGGGAAGGGUUUCCGGAUGAGUUUUCUGGAAGGGCAGAUUCUGUCUUCCUGGACCUACCCCAACCCUGGCUGGCCAUCCCUUCAGCUGCGAAAAUGUUGAAGCAAGAUGGGGUAUUAUGCUCCUUCUCCCCAUGUAUUGAGCAAGUGCAACGAGCGUCAGAGACUAUGAGGUCAAGUUUUACGGAUAUAAGGACGUUUGAGAUUCUUCUUCGCACAUAUGAAGUCCGAGAAUGGAAAUUGGAUGACUUCCAGGGAGAUGAAGCUGGUUCUGUUGGAUCUCAUCCACGUAAAAGGCGGCAGCGAUCAAGUGAAGGAAGCAAUGCGCAGGAAACUACAGGAUCUCCCACUGUCAUGGCCAGGCCGUGCAGUGAGACCAGAGGCCACACUGGCUAUUUGACAUUUGCAAGACUCAAAUGCCUCUCAUAAAGUAUGCAACUGUAAUCUAGUUAUAGACACAGCCUGGUUCCAAAUAGUUGGGAUGAGGUUUCAUUUUUGCUGUUUCUGUAACGUGAAUUAUUCUGCUGAUUCGGAAAUUUAGAAAAUUUUUAAUGGAGAAAUGCAUUGUCCA